AUGCUCACAAUUUCUUAUCUUAGGUUACAGAGACUUUAUCUCCUGCCAAAAAUAAUUCAAGAAGGUAGCAAAUGUAGAGGGGAGAUUGCCAAUAACACGAUAACAGCAUUAAGGGGUAACAGAACGUUUAUCAUUGCCCCGUACUUUGAUGACAGAGAAAGCAAAGUCACCCGUGUGAUUGGGAUUGUUCACCAUGAAGAUGUAAAAGAACUUUACUGCUGGUUCUGCUGUCAGCCUCAGGGAAAGAUAUAUGUGUCAAAAUCACAAAUUGAGGUUCACUCAGAUAGAUUUGGAUUCCCUUAUGGUGCAGCAGACAUAGUUUGCUUGGAACCCCAAAACUGCGAUCCGACGCAUGUAUCGGUUCAUUGGUCCCCCCAUGGAAAUAUUGACCAGCUGCCAAGGUUUGAAAUUAAAAACCGCAAGGCCGAGACCUUUUCUGUUGACUUCACUGUAUGCAUCUCUGCCAUGUUUGGAAAUUACAACAAUGUCUUACAGUUUAUACAGAGUAUGGAGAUGUAUAAGAUUCUUGGGGUACAGAAAGUGGUGGUCUAUAAGAACAGCUGCAGCCAGCUGAUGGAGAAAGUCUUGAAGUUCUAUGUGGAAGAAGGGACCGUAGAAAUAAUUCCCUGGCCAAUAAAUUCACACCUCAAGGUUUCUUCUAAAUGGCACUUUUCUAUGGAUCCCAAAGAUAUUGGCUACUAUGGCCAAAUCACAGCACUAAAUGACUGUGUAUAUCGUAACAUGCAGAGGAGCAAGUUUGUGGUUCUUAAUGAUGCUGAUGAAAUAAUUCUUCCCCUUAAGCACCCAGACUGGAAAACAAUGAUGAGCAGUCUUCAGGAACAAAACCCAGGGACUGGCAUUUUCCUCUUUGAGAAUCAUAUCUUCCCUGAAACCGUAUCUACCCAUAUGUUCAACAUUUCAUCCUGGAAUACCGUGCCAGGUAUUAACAUACUGCAGCAUGUUCAUAGAGAGCCUGACAGGAAAGAGGUAAUCAAUCCCAGAAAAAUGAUAAUUGAUCCAAGAAAAGUGAUUCAGACUUCAGUCCACUCUGUCCUGCGUGGUUAUGGGAAGAGUGUGAGUGUUCCUGUGGAUGUUGCCCUUAUUUAUCACUGUCGGGUGCCCCUCCAAGGAAACCUUCCCCGAGAGUCCCUCAUCAGGGAUACCACACUGUGGCGAUAUAACUCAUCAUUAAUCAUGAAUGUUAACAAAGUGCUGCAUCAAACAGUACUGGAAGCUCAACAGUGAAACCUGGGUUAUAAGGCGGGAAAGUGGAGAGCUGCCCACAUCCUCAGGGAGCAGAGGAUAUCACUUAAAAGUUCACACUGGAAAUGCUUCCAGAUGAAGAUUUUUGUAAAGCUUUGGGGGAAACAUUCCUUUUACGUACUGUAUAAAGGUAAAUGCAUUUUAUCUGUGACCUGAAAUACGGUACCUUGUAAUUAUCCAGAGUGAUCAAGCUCUAUUACAGACUUGAUUUCCUUAGAUAAAGUCUGUUGUGCAGCUGAGAUGUGAGAGCUGAGGCACAAUGAUAAGAUAAUUUCUUCUUUAACUGCCUGUAAGUAUGAAAGGGCAUUAUUCAAGGCAUAGGAACUGAUCAUACUGAAAUAAGAUUAAGUACUGAUUUUCUGCUUUCUCUCUUUUUCUUUUCCCACCUUCAUAUAUGUUGUGCCUAGUACAACAACCCUGUAAACUGCCUGAAGAAGGAACAGAUGAGUUUUUGUUAUCUGUAUCUCUAAAGUACCAGGUGGAGGGGGAAAAAAAAAAAAAAACACACAGCUGCAUUAAGUGGCUGCUAAAAAAAAUACAGCUGUGUUUAGUAGUGACUGUUGGACAUGGCUUGGAACAGCAUCUUCCAGAUGAAGACCCAUAUUGGCAUUUAUACUGCAGCUUGUUAGAAUGACAGAGAGAAUAGGAAAAUACACCAACUGCAGCACUAGAUCUAUCACUUUUUUGGAAGUACUUCUUCCUAAGGGAAAUUGGAAUUUGUAGCAAAGCUGUGAGUCAUUCAGCAAGGAUUUCUGUAGGUGGUAUUACCUCUUCUGGCAAUUUUAAAAUGAGUGUUUUCAAUAAACAAUUACUAGUAUGAGUCAGAUGAUUUAAAUCAUGCUAAAAAAAAAGCUGUAAGCAUUUUUCAGGCUAUGUAUAGAAUUAGAACUACAGUCAUUAGUAUUAAAAAUAGCAUUCCUGAAUUAUUGUAGUUUUU